AUGGAACUGCGCCCUAUUAUCGAUGCGGCACCAAGUACUGGGAAAUACCAGUACAUCCGCACAAAGUUAACAGAAUAUCUCACAGAAAGCCAGCAAUGCCAUCUGCACCGCGUAGUUCGCGAAAUGCCAUUAGGCGAUCGCCGUCCAAGCGAUCUUUUCAAUGAGAUGAAGCGCGCAGCCGGUUCCGCUUUGAGUGGGAGCAUUUUACACGAUUUAUGGGUUAACCGCUUGCCCGCAUACGCAAAAGCAGCUAUUAUAGCAACUAGUGUACCAAUUACCAAAAAAUUAAAAAUUACCGACUUCAUUGUUGAGUCAAUCCAACUACGAGAGGGACGCGUUAACGAAGUGUGCGGCAUACAAAAUAAUUCGGAUUCAGAUCUAAGGGUCGAAAUAGCUGCACUUACACAGUGCAUCGAUAAAGCGUUAGAUAAUGGCAAAACUCACCGACGCUCGCGUUCUAAAACACCAGCGCGCAAUCGAAUAUCAGACAGCAGUUCUGAUGAAGUGUGCUGGUACCACGCAAAGUUCGGCCAAAAAGCUACCAGAUGUCGGCCACCAUGCACGUUCGCUCGCUCACCAUCCACAAACGUUUCACAAUAG